AUGCCGCCGUUUGAUCCUUCCAAGCUGCAGGUUAAAAAUAAAAUGCCUGCAGCUGUUCAAAUAACAGCAGAGCAGAUAUUACGUGACGCAGUAGAAUGGCAAACAAAGGAGGUGAAAACAACAAAACAAACAAUCGCAGAUGAAGAAGAGCUGAACUUCUAUAAGGCUCAAAAGAGGAAAGAAUUCGAAGAUACACUAAGAAGGCAACGCCAUCAUAUAGGAACAUGGAUAAAAUAUGCCGUUUGGGAAGCAAAUCAGCAAGAAUUUAGAAGGGCGAGGUCGAUCUUUGAGAGAGCGUUGUUGGUUGACCCAAAUAACCCAUCACUGUGGUUAAGAUACAUUGAAACGGAAAUGAAGAACAAGAACAUCAAUUCUGCAAGAAAUCUUUUCGACAGAGUCGUUUGCUUGCUGCCAAGAAUUGAUCAGUUCUGGUUCAAAUACGCACACUUUGAAGAAUUACUAGGCAAUUACGCAGGAGCAAGAAGUAUCUAUGAAAGGUGGAUGGAGUGGAACCCAGAGGAUAAGGCAUGGAUGUUAUAUAUAAAGUUUGAGGAAAGAUGUGGUGAACUAGACCGUUGUAGAAGUAUAUUUAACAGGUAUAUCGAGAACAGACCUAGCUGUAUGUCAUUUUUAAAGCUAGUCAAGUUUGAGGAAAAGUACAAGAAAGUAUCAAGAGCACGAUCAGCAUUCGUCAAGUGUGUGGAAGUGUUGGAUCCUGAGCUACUAGAUGAAGAUUUUUUCAUAAAAUUUGCUAACUUCGAGCAGAGACAGAACAACAUCGAAGGAGCAAAUAGUGUGUAUGAGCAAGGAUUGAAACUACUAGACAAGACUAAAAGCGAGAAACUCUACGACAACUUCAUCUCGUUCCAGAAACAAUUCAAGAAUGAAUUCAUAGAUGACCUGAUUAGCGUGAAGAAAAGAAACGAAUAUGAAGGUGACAUAGCUCUGAACCCAGACAACUACGAUACCUGGUUUAACUACAUUAAGCUAGAGGAGUCGAUACUGGAAAAUAUGCUAAAAACUUGCUCAGACGAAAAGUUGGAGGCACAGAAGGAUAGAAUCGUUCAGGUGUACGAACGAGCAAUCGCAAACCUACCCAAGGAUAAUAAUCGCAAACUCUGGAGAAGAUAUAGUUACCUCUGGAUAUUCUACGCAUUCUUCUCAGAAUUACAACUUGACUCGAAGGAAAGAGCGGAAGAAAUUUACCUGAAGUCGCUUCAAAUAUUACCCAGAGAUUUUUCAAAGAUCUACAUUUACCUAUCACAACUCUACUUGAGGAUGGGAGAUUUGAAAAAAAUGAGGUCCGUAAUGGGUAACGCAAUAGGGCUGUGCAAGAAGGAGAAGAUUUUCGAGACAUACAGUGACAUUGAGCUGAAGCUUGGGAAUAUUGAUCGUUGCAGAAUUAUAUUCACUAAAUACGUCGAAAUUUAUCCAUACAACUACAAGAGCUGGCUGUCGUAUAUUAACUUCGAGCUUUUACUCAACGAGAUUAACAGAGUUAGAAAACUCUGCGAGUAUGCAAUUGAAAUGGAACAGAUGAACAACCCGGAAGCCAUAUGGAACAAGUACAUUAGUAUAGAAAAAAACUACAGCUACUCAAACGUGAUUUCUCUGUACAAGAAACUAUUACAGAAGACACAGCACAUCAAGAUAUAUAAGGAGUAUAGUAAGUAUGAGUAUGAAAACGGUAACAAUGAAAAGGGACGUGAAGUGAUUGAGGAAGGAAUAAAGCUUUAUAAGGACAGCAGUGUCGAGAGGAGUAAGUUGUUGUAUCACUUGGUGGAGAUGGAAAAAAAAUACGGAAAUGAACAAACAGUGCAGAACGCAAAGAAAAGACUUCCAAAGAAGAUACUUAGGAAGAGAAAACUGGAAAAUGACCAGGAAGUGGACGACAUAAUAUACGUCUUCCCAGAUGACAAAACCAACACCAAGAUAUUAGAAAAUGCUCUAAAGUGGAAAAAACAACAAAAGUAA